AAGUGCAUGUGAAGCCUAUCAUGCAAGUGUGUGCACUGCCCAGGAUCCCCCCUAUGUUAAAGUCUACGGGAUGCGCGGUUCUUCUUCCAGGGUAUUUACUUUCCAGGUGUAUUUGUUUGCCAGGCGUAUGUAGAGACAGGUUUAGUGUAAUAAGAAAGUGUUCGUUUGUUUUAACGUCUGAGCUGCAUGAAUGCCUGUCUGUUCUGCGUUGAUCCUCAUGUGCUGGCGCUUUUCACGAAUCAGCUCUUCGGCAGCCAGCACCUCUCGGUACCAGCACUAAAGCCGUGCCAGUGGGAUCGUGGGUUCACUAUGCCGAGCGGAAUGCGCCUGGAUACCGCCGUGUACGUUCUCGGCAGCGAUCAACGGAUGCGCUACGGGCGCGUUGUGGACGUGGCAAAAGAUGGUCUUUACGUCGAUCUGCUCUGUCCCGAUCAUCGACGGGAGUUUUCAUCAUUUGGCAGCGUUUUCUACUCCCAUCGUCUCAUGCGCUUGGAGGAUCAGCACAAAUUCUAUGCCCAGCAGCGGUCAGUGGAGAUUUUGUUGCCGGAGAGCCCAUCGGGUCCCUGGAUUUGGCUCCCGGGGGAAAUGGUCUGCGUGGAUCGCGCUGGGUCGCGAGAUCGGUGUGGAGGAGCUGUUGUCUAUUGGCAGUGUCCCGACAAGGGAGUUCUAUGCACCGAUAUUCUCCCCAUCGAGCGCAUUCGCCCACGUUGGGAUGUAUCAGCUUGGCAGCGGCUUUUUGCGCAUUCUCAAGCCACGGGGCCGGGAGAUCUUAACUCGAGCUCGGCAGCUCUUUCAAGCAAUCAUCCUUUAAUCCAACAUUACAUCGGACCAGAGUCUUUCAUAAAGCGCAGUGUGGACCUCGGCGAGGAAUUCCGCUCGUUGUCCAAUGGCGACACAGAGAAGCUGAUCAAGCGAUUGAAUGGCGGUCGUCGUCUGUAUUUGCACUCACCAGUUUUCGUAGUGGAUCUCGUCGACGGCCAGUUAGGAUACAUUUACAAUAUCGGUUAUAUUGAAAAGUAUGCUCUGGAUGAUCACGCUCUGUUGGAAAGCCUGGAUCACUUUCAUGAAGUGUUGCUCCGCAAGAUCAGACAGUGUCCUGAGUUCCACGCAGGCGAUGACAACCUUGUGGAGCUAACGCUGCCGGUCGAAUUGUGGCAGGACGUCUUUUCCUACUUGGACACCAUGGAACAAACUCAGCUGCGAGCUGUGUGCGCAAAAUGGAACCAGAUCAUGACUGCAUCGCCGCUGCGUUCCAGUAUGGUCGUCCGAUGGGACCACGACACCAAAGGCAGACCUGACGACUUUCUCUGCCUGGCGACGGUGUACAAAUCCCUACAUCCUGACACGGAACGCGUUACCAUAACCCUAUUGGAUGAGGGAUGGUUGACAACCACCGACUUUGCCAUUAUGAUAUGUGAUAUGAUACAAUAUGUGGCCGAACAUCGGUCCGGAAUCCGACUACGUGCCGUUCUCUUACGCCGCGUCGCACUUAACUUUACCAUUAACUGCGAUAUCGAUGACACGGUGGACUGUGGCAUGCAUGAGUCGAAUUCUCUAAAGCCAACGCUGCGUCCGGAACUCGGGUAUUGUUGGCUGCAUGAUUUCAUUGCCGGAUGCCGCAGCUUGCCGUGUGAUACUGUUCACAUUGCGGAUUGUGUUGUUUCACUGGUUUGCUCCUUUUAUCUCAAACCGGGGCUUAGGGCGUUUAAGGAUAGGAAGUUCAAAACUGCUAUCAAAAUCCACAUCAGUAUGGCGCACUUGCAUCAAAGCGGUGAUGUCGCCUGCGCAUUGUGGGAUGCACUGGACGCGGUACUGCCGAGGGCGGAUGAACAGGAGCUGCAAAAGCUGGUGCAGCGGUUGAAAGGUGGCGAGGAUACGAAUGCCGAAGUCAAGCUGGAGAUGGUCGUGUGCAAGACGCUGUGUGCGACGCAGUCGGCUGAUCCGCGUUUCUCCUCGCACUACCGCGGCAAAAAGUGGUGCGUUGAUGGGUUACAGGAUUUGCAGUUGGAGAAACUGUCGCGUCUUAGUCUUCACUUUCUCGUUGCAAUUCAAAAGAAGACAGCCUGGAGUGGAUGGUGGCGUUUGUGA